AUGUCCUUUUUGAAACAAUUAUCAGGUAUUUGGAAAUGUCCUGGUAGUGGAAGCUGUUUCUAUGCUGCUAGAUUUAUUUGGCCAACCAGCAUCCACAGACGCGUCUUUUCUUGUACAACUACCAAGAGAAUACAACCAUUGCAGAACGAUGGGGACGGUGACAUGGUAGUCACUUCGCAAGAGCUGAAUUCGAUGCAGAUUAUUAUUCCUAGUAAAGAAGCUGCACCCGAAAACUUGCCACAUGUCAGAAGAAAGACAGGGUACAAAGACAGUGAAGAAAGAAAACCUGCACUUGAUAUGGACGAAUUAAAUGGUGAUACGAUGAUCGAAGAUGCUGGAGACAAUCUAGUCUUGGGUAGCGGCUCUGGGACUGGAAGUGGUACGUAUACGGAUUUUUAUCAAGGCAUCAUCGAUACAUACAAGACAUAUCUCCACAGGCAUGAUGGUGAAUACGUUGUUCUAGUACAUGUGGGUUCGUUUUAUGAGUUGUAUUUUGAGCAGGCAGAGAAAUAUUCAAAUCUUCUGGGCUUGACAUUAACAAAGAAGGUUUUAAAGUCGGGUGCAAUACCGUUUUCCGGGUUCCCCGAUAAAAUGUUGGAUAAAUAUCUUGAUAUUAUUUACAAGAACAACUUAAAGGCUGUCAUUUGUAAUCAAGUAUUGGAUCCAAUAACUAACACUUUAAGUCGUCCUGUCGAUCGUAUAAUGACUCCAGGAAUUGUUAUUGAUGAGACAUGCAGAGAUUUUCAUAGAAACAACUUUUUAAUGGCUCUUCAUUUUCCCGAAGAGAUGAGAAAAAAUGCUGAAAAUGUAAAGGUAGGUGUGGCAUGGUGUGAUGUUAACUUAGGAAAUUUCCAUGUCCUUCAAAUCGAGCUUAGCCAGUUGCUGGCUACUCUUACGAGGAUAAAUCCAGCUGAGAUUUUGAUAUCAGAUAAAGUUGACCUUGAAAAAAUAUUGGAUGGCUCAAUUUUGCCUGACUUGAUGGAAAUGAAAGCUUAUUAUAUUUCCAGAUUGCACAGCCCUGCUACAAAAAAGCCACUAGAUGAAUUUACAUGGAGAUUUAGAGAUAAUGAAAGACUGGUGUCGAAUAUUUUUGAUGGGCUCCUUCAAAGAGAAAAGAUGGCAGCUUCCAUAGUUCUUCAUUAUCUGGAUAUAUGCUUACCAAACUACAAAACAAGCUUUCACCUACCAUCAAGGUCAAAACCUAAGACUAUCAUGCAAAUUGAUUCUAGAGCAGCGCAAGAUUUAGAACUGUUAGAGACUAUACAGUCAAGGAAGAAGGUUGGGGCCUUGUCUCAUUUGAUGGACAAAACAGUAACAAGUCCUGGUGCACGUCGCUUGAAUUCGUGGUUGCUGGCCCCCUCUACGAAAAUUGAAGAGAUAAAGUACAGACACGACCUUAUUGAACUGUUCAGCAAGGACACGUAUUUUUUGGACCUUCUUUGCCAAUAUUUACGGAAAACUGCCGAUAUUGACAGAAAAAUCAGAAGAAUAGAUAAUCGAAAAGCAGAAAGGUUGGAAUACCUUGAACUCGCUUAUACCAUUGAAACUGUUGACCAAAUCUAUAACCUAAUCAAGCAAGCCUUUGAUAAGAAAUCACUCCCCCUUAUCGAACCAAUAUUUGAAGAGUUCAACAAUUCCAAAAGGUUGCAUGGCCUCGCAAAGCACAUCCGUAAAACUAUUGACCCUAGAGUCGCUUAUAUGAAAACGAGCAAUAAUAAAUCUGAAGGUGAUUUUGUACGGACAUUUUGGGAUAUCAAAGACACGGCAUCUUCGAGACUAGGAAAAAUGAGAAAGAAUUACGAGAGUUUAGUUAGAGAAAGUGAUAAUCUGAGAAAUCAUUUACAGAAGAUAUUCAAAAGUGAGGGAUAUAACGGAUCGCUGAGAUUGAUAAAAGACCCAAAGUCUUUUGAUUACGUGGUUGAGUUAAAAUCUACAAGUAAAAUUAUCACUGGUAUGAUCCAGAACUUAAAUUUAAAUGUCAAGGAAAAAUCAAAGUCUGUGACAAAGUUAGUAAAUUCACAAUGGACAAAUAUUGGCCAAGAUCUAAUUAAGCUAGAAUAUGAUAUAUGUUUAGAAGAAAAUCACAUCAUGGCAGACUUGGACAACAAAGUUGAUAAACUGUAUAAGGAGAUACGCAAAAUACCUCCCAUUAUCGAACUUCUAGAUGUUAUUCAGUCUUUUUCAAGACUAGCCCUGCAGUGCAACCUCUCAAGACCUGUUGUUGAUGAUUCAGAUUCUUUUACUAUAAAAAAUGGUAGGCAUUUGGUCGUUGAAGAAGGGUUGAAGAACAGACUAGACGUGGUUAAUUUUACACCCAAUAAUUGUCAUCUUGAGUCAUCACAUGCUUGGGUAAUUACUGGUCCAAACAUGGGAGGAAAAUCAACAUUUUUGAGACAAAAUGCUUUGAUAGCCAUCAUGGCUCAGAUUGGUUCGUAUGUGCCAGCCGAUUUUGCUCAUAUUGGAAUAAUUGAUAAGAUAUUCACUAGAGUUGGUUCUUCUGAUAACAUUUUCAAGCAUCAAUCUACUUUUAUGGUCGAAAUGAAUGAAACUGCCAUCAUACUUCGAGAGGCAACUCCUAAAUCUCUGGUAAUUGUGGAUGAGUUAGGAAGAGGAACCUCAAUAAAUGAAGGUGUUGCUAUUGCGUAUGCUGCCUUGUUGAGUCUAACUACGGUUAAAAAGUCCAAGGUUUUAUUCGCUACACAUUUUGGGCCCGAGAUUGCAAGACUACUUAACCAAGAAGAAACCAUGAAAGGCAGUAUUUCUUUUUAUAGAACAACAUUAGAUACGGUGCCAAGUGGAGACAAAAAUGUAACUAGCAAGGUAACAUUCAAUCAUAAACUAGAGAAAGGUACUAGCUCUCAUUCGCAUGCUAUCCAAAUAGCUGGGUUGGCAGGAUUUCCUGGUGAUGUGUUGCAGAACGCAGAAAUUAGUCUAGAAAAGUUAAACAAUAUGUAUAGAUAA